AUGGCAAACGAAGACGCGAUGGAUCGCAUGGCGAAGGCGCUAGACAGCAAGGGGGGGGAGGCCGCAGAGGCGAAGGAGAUCUUGUCGGCGGCGAUUGAAAUUUUAGCGAGAUCGGAGAGAACGAAAAAGAAGAAUAAAAUAACGGGGACGUCCGCCUCCGACAUCGUAACGGACCGAGUUUUCAACAAGAAGACGGUGGCAGAGGCUGUGACAACACACCAGGAGAAAAAUCAGGUCAGGUGGUGCUGGGAAUGCGGGGAGAAAGACAAUUGGAAAAUGAUGUUCAAUUUCUUCGCGAAGGAGCGUCCGCAGAAGUGGUGCACGUCCCCCGGCGUUUGGAACGAGAACUGGUUCUGGGAACAGGGCAGCCAGAACGAGUACCGCGGCCACCAUUGUUUCCCCUGCCACGCGGAGAGUACUGGCGCCGACACAGUGACGGCCAAGAAGGCUCUCCUGAAACAACUCGGCAAAACGAAUAAACAUUCAUGGGGUUCGGCCAGAUCUCGCGAGCGCGUCGACAAAUACAAGGCGUCCUUCACCGAGAUCAAGAAAGCUUUCACCGGCCUCGUGGGCUUCGCACUGGACGGCGAUGGAGGCGCCUCCUGGAGGAAAGCGACGAUGGGAGUCGAGAUCGGAAUCGACCCCAAGAGCAAGGGAGCCCAACCGGACGAGGCGGUCGACGAUCUAGGCCGAGAAUGGGCCGAGGUGCCCGAGGAGGGCUGGGCGCUGACGGGCUCUUCCUCGGCCGCCGCCAAGCCGGAGGAGCCGGCCAUGUUCGGAGCCCAGAGCUGGGACGAGUUCGUCGACGGCGACUUGUUGACCGCUUUGAAUCACGACCAAAGGCGUGCCAUCGCAAGAGCGUAUUUGCAGAUCCAGACGCAGCGGCUCAGGCGCAUCGCGGCGCCGCAGAUGAACUUGAUCAUUUGCAAAAAACGGGACAUGAACAAAGCCGUCGCGUGCGCCAACGUGUACAGCGACUGGCUUAGCACAGACAUUUACAGCGAGAUUUCCGACUUCACACUGAAGGAGGACCAGCAAUUCUGCCACGACAUUCAAGAAUCCAUGACGGCCAACGCCGAGAGGAUGCAGGGCUUCUCCAAAGCCGUCGAGGCUGGACAUGGCAAGCCAGGCCAAUACCAGUUGGUUUGUGAUUACUCAGACCAGUUCCUUGCAACCGAUAAGGGCCGCAUGAACACAUACUACUGUUGCGGCGGCAAGACGAACUACAGCAUGGAGAAAAAGAAACAC